AUGCCAGUCAUUUUCCCAUAUGAGUUUCAGUUGGCGACCAUGAGUAACUGUUUAUCUGAUGUAUUUCAAGAGGGAAAAGAACGGCAAUGUUCAAGAUACCACUACGAGGCUCAAACUUUGGAAAGAAUUAUCAGGGCUGAGAUUGAUCUAGUAGCUGUGAAAAAUAUUGUUACAAAUAUUGAAGAAAAGACAGAAAAAGUAAAGAACGAAAAGAACGACGAACUGUCAAGACUCGCUGAAAAAAUGGACAUAUUGCAAAAGAAAAUGAACAAUUUAGUAAGGAACAUAUCCGAAACGAAGGUUGCGAAAGAAGGGUCGACGACCAGUUCUAUGUGGAAGUUUUGUACAUCAUGCAAGACGACGUGCAGCGACGUGGAAAAUUCAGAAUGUAAAUGGAUGGCAUGUAAAUGUAAACCUGGUCUGAGCUACCACCAUGCCACGAGGAAAUGUCUACCAGACUGCGGAGAUUUUGGGUAUGGUAACACUUACCAAGUUUAAAUCGAUACAAUUUUAGAAGGUUUUAAUACUAAAGUAAUUCACACUAUUUCGUUAGAGGAUUGUGUCCAAAGGUGUAAUAUGGAAAAAAGCUUCGUUUGUAAAACGGUAGAGUAUCACAAGCCAAAGCAAGAGUGUCAUUUGUCAGUGGAAACUCUUUACACAAAGCCAGAGGUUCACAAGACGAAUAAGAAUGAAUAUAUUACUUAUACCAGAGACUGCAACUAGGACUGUGAUCCAAGAAUGUAUCAAGUUAUCUCGACUUGGCUUAAUGUUCACUAAAAGAAUAUUAGGAUCGAAUUUUUCUGAUUUUGUAUUCAUGGCGUUAUAAUAAUUACGUCAAUAAAAUAAGACAACAAUAUUUUUGUAAAUAUGCAAAGUCAAGACGCUUUUGAUUUGCAAGGAAUGUCCAUAUUUUUUGGGAUAUAAUUAGGGAAUAGCAAAAUGAAAACAAAAUACAAUAAUAAAUAUAUCAAUAAAGUUUCAAUUUAAAGAUGAAGGUAGAUUUAUAUUUUGAUCAACUUUUAAAUGUGAAUAUUCUAAGCUUGUUGUAAUAUUGUAGUUUUACACUGUAUUUUUUUAAAAUAAAAUAUCUUCACUUUCUUA